AUGUUGGGCGUCGCCUCGGACUUCCUCAAGCGCAGUUUCAUGCCCGGAUUGGAGGGAACUGAGACUGGGGAACUACAUCUGGAGAACGUGUCGGCAGAUACUUUCAAGAAAUUUCGAACCUAUGUCUAUACCUACAACAAGGAGACACUCGCUGGCUGCAACAACGAGUCGAUCGUAAAGCUGAUGGAGUGUGCCCACAUGUGGAUGAUUCCAUCGCUAAGGAAGGCCUGCGAGGAGAUCGCCGUGUCGAGAAUUAACCAGAUGGUCCUCUCCGACCUACUGAUCUACUUUGACAGUGCCCUGAAAAAUUGGUGCAGCUCGCAGAUUAUAAUCGACGAGGUUUAUCAACUGGAAUCGAAUGCCUUCAGAGAAUUCGUAACCCGUAUAAAGGGCUCUAUAAGCGAAAGAGUUAUUUUCGAUCUGGUGGAGAAGUACGUUAUAAUGCAAAGGCUUUUUACACAAAACCUUAGCGAGCAUAAGAAAUUGGAAUGUCAUGGAAUCGCUAGCAAGGACAAAAGUAGCGAAAUUGAACAGGAUGCUAAUGCCAACCCGCAUCCGUUUCCGGUGGAGAAACUAAGCCUAACGGAAAGUAGUAGUUUCAAGUCCUUGUCAAAAAAGGAUAUCAAUGAGGAGUAUGUCAAGAGUCUUAUUAGUCUAAUAACCUUUACGGAUAUGACACAUAGUGAAUUCUUUGAGGGCCCCGGAAAGUCCGAUCUGAUCAAUAUGGAUGAUAAAUUUCAAUUCAUGUACAAAAUUGCUUGUUCUAAUAAUCAAGUCAGAAUUGGUAGAUCAGGUCGAAUAUCUUUUACUUAUUAG